UCACCUCUGCUCCUGGGGCUCCGGUGGCACACGGAGACCGCCUGCCAGCCGAGCCUGCUGGCGGUACUGGGCCAGUGGGACGCAGGGAAGGUAAACCGCUCCAGAACACUUCCCGACCCGGGAGGCUGUGUCGCCCGAAGCAGUCUGGGAUUUGUAGUUCUCGAGAUGGAGCGAGCUGUGCCGCCCACGGUGCCUCUGGGUCAGAUGGAGGUGUUUCAGGCCCUGCAGCGGUUGCACAUGACCAUCUUCUCCCAGUGUUUUUCACCCUGCGGGAAGUUCCUGGCGGCUGGGAACAAUUAUGGGCAGAUCGCCAUCUUCAGCUUGUCUGCUGCUUUGAGCUCCGAGGCCCAAGAGGAAAGUAAGAAGCCCAUCGUGACCUUCCAAGCCCACGAUGGGCCUGUCUACAGCAUGGUCUCCACGGAUCGACAUCUGUUCAGCGCUGGGGACGGGGAGGUGAAGGCCUGGCUUUGGGCAGAGAUCCUCAAGAAGGGCUGUAAGGAGCUAUGGUGUCGUCAGCCCCCGUACAGGACCAGCCUGGAAGUGCCUGAGAUCAACGCUUUGCUUCUCGUCCCCAAGGAGAAUUCCCUCAUCUUGGCAGGGGGGGACUGCCAGCUGCAUACGAUGGACCAAGAGACGGGGACCUUCACGCGGGCCCUCUGGGGCCACACGGACUACAUCCACUGCCUGGCGCUGAGGGACCGGAACCCUGAGGUGCUGUCUGGCGGCGAGGAUGGGACUGUGCGGCUUUGGGAUCUGCGCAUGGCCAAGGAGGUCCAGACAAUUGAGGUCUACAAGCAUGAGGAGUGCUCCAGGCCCCACAAUGGGCGCUGGAUCGGAUGCUUGGCAACCGACUCCGACUGGAUGGUUUGUGGAGGAGGCCCAGCACUCGCCCUCUGGCACCGACGAUCCUCCACACCCACCACCAUCUUCCCCAUGUGGGCACCACAGAAGCAUGUCACCUUCUACCAGGACCUGAUUCUGUCAGCUGGUCAGGGCCCCUGCGUCAACCAGUGGCAACUGGGUGGGGAACUGAAGGCCCAGGUGCCGGGUUCCUCCCCAGGGCUGCUCAGCCUCAGUCUCAACCAGCAGCCAGCAGCACUGGAGUGCAAGGUGCUGACAGCUGCAGGCAACAGCUGCCGGGUGGAUGUUUUCACCAAUCUGGGCUAUCGGGCCUUCUCCCUGUCCUUCUGACCUCCCGAAGCUGGUAGGGCCGGAGCAGAGGACCUGGAAGAGGCCCUAAGCCCAGCCUCUCAGGCAGGGAGAGGGCCUGGGGCCUCAGGGAGCAGGGGUCGGAACUGUUUUUUCUUUUUACAAAAUAAAAUUUCAGGCUUAAAAAAAAAAAAAAA